AUGAGAACGGUAGCCCAAAACUCCUCCUCCGUGAGAGAGUUUAUCCUCGCAGGCUUAAUGGACCAGCCGAGACUCCAGAUGCCUCUAUUCUUCCUGUUUCUAGGUUUCUAUGUGGUCACUAUUGUGGGGAACCUGGGCUUGAUAACCCUGAUUGGGCUGAAUUGUCACUUGCACACCCCCAUGUACUUUUUCCUUUACAACUUGUCCUUCAUAGAUUUCUGUUAUUCCACUGUUAUCACCCCCAAAAUGCUGGUGAGUUUUGUCUCAGAGAAGAACAUCAUCUCCUACGCAGGGUGUGUGACCCAGCCCUUCUUCUUCCUUUUCUUUGUUGUCUCUGAGUCCUUCAUCCUGUCGGCGAUGGCAUACGACCGCUAUGUCGCCAUCUGUAAGCCCCUGGUGUACACGGUCGCCAUGUCUCCUCAGGUGUGCUCCCUUCUUCUGUUCGGUGUCUAUGUGAUGGGGUUUGCUGGGGCCAUGGCCCACACAGCAUGCAUGCUGAGGCUGACCUUCUGUGCUGACAACCUCGUCAACCACUACAUGUGCGACAUCCUUCCCCUUCUUGAGCGCUCCUGCACCAGCACCCACGUCAAUGAACUGGUCGUUUUUAUUGUUGUGGGCAUGGACAUUGGUGUGCCCACAGUCACCAUCUUCAUCUCUUAUGCACUCAUCCUUUUCAGCAUCCUCCACAUCAAUUCCACAGAGGGCAGGUCCAAAGCAUUCAGCACCUGCAGCUCCCACAUAAUAGCUGUUUCUCUUUUCUUUGGAUCAGGGGCAUUCAUGUACCUCAAACCAUCUUCUCUUUUGCCAAUGAACCAGGGGAAAGUGUCCUCACUGUUCUACACCAUUGUGGUGCCCAUGCUCAACCCAUUAAUCUACAGCCUGAGGAAUAAGGACGUCAAAAUUGCUUUGAAGAAAACCUUGAGCAAAAAUCCUUCUGAUAAAGGGGCAAUAUUUACAAGAGGACUACCAUAG